GUUUUCUUUGACCGCCAAAGAAGAAGAAAAAAAAAAAUGAAGUCUUGAGGAAAUCUGACGAAGAAGAAAACAUCUCUGAGACCAACGAAAGUAUCCAUUUUUUUGUCUGCAGUAAUCAAUCGCAUCGGAAAAAAAGAAACCUUUUUAGCUUCUUUCGUCGCUGACGUCUCUCUAUCUCUUAGGUGUCUCUUUCUUUUCUUCAACGAUUUCUCUCUUCCUCUUGCUUUGGCUGAUCGAUUUGGGAAAAAUUGAGCUUGCCAAGUCAAGCAACCCAAUUUUGUUGGUUGUAUUUAGUAUAGGGUCCAGAUACAAUGGAUGAAAACAAUAGGAAUCCAUUUGCAAGUGCAAGUACAAGUGCAAGAGCAAGCGGCAGUACAAGUGCGAGCUCUAACUCGAGUUUUAGUAGCAGUGUGGCGGAUACAGAUGAUGAUCAAACCAUUGCACGUAUAUUAGCAGAAGAUGAGAGCUUAAGAAGAGAAGGCAAGCUUGGGAAGAGAUUAUCUCAUUUGGAUUCUAUCCCACAUACUCCUCGGGUUAACAGGGAAAUACCCGAUAUAAAUGAUGCAACAUUAGACCAUGAGCUGCUCUCUGGGAGGUUGGCUACAUAUGGGUUAGCCGAAUUACAAAUGGAGGGAGAUGGAAAUUGCCAGUUUCGAGCUUUAGCAGACCAGCUUUUCCGGAAUGCAGAUUACCAUAAACAUGUAAGGAAGCAUGUUGUAAAGCAGUUAAAACAACAACGGAAGUUAUACGAAGAAUAUGUGCCAAUGAAAUACAGACACUACACCAGGAAGAUGAAAAAACAUGGUGAAUGGGGAGAUCAUGUUACUCUUCAAGCUGCUGCAGAUCGAUUCGAAGCAAAGAUCUGCUUAGUCACAUCCUUUCGGGAUCAAUCCUACAUCGAGAUUCUUCCUCACAACAAAAACCCUCUUAGAGAGGCUUGGCUUAGCUUCUGGAGUGAAGUGCAUUACAAUUCGCUAUACGCUAACGGAGUUCUUGCUCUUCCAGAUGUCCCAACAAGAAAACCCAGAAGGAAGCAUUGGCUCUUCUAGUAUUGGAUUUAAGUUCAUCUCCAAUGUAUACUACUUUCCUCAAAUUUGUGUGUGAACUUUGCAAUAACCUUACUUUGUUGUAUGCUUAUCAUUGUAAAAGAAAAAGAGUAAACAUAUAUAUAUUAUUUUAAAUACCUUUAUUAAUCAUUUCUAUUGA